UCAGGGCGCCCCGCGAACCGCCCGGACCCCAGCCAUGGAGCCCUCUUCGCUGCAGGACUUUGUGAGCACCCUGGAUCCCGCCUCCCUCCCACGGGUGUUGCGGGUCUGCUCCGGGGUUUACUUCCAAAGCUCCAUCUAUGAGAUCUCUGGGAACGAGUGCUGCCUGUCCACGGGGGACCUGAUCAAGGUCAUCCAGGUUCACCUGGAGAAAGUGAUCUGUAGGAACCCCGAAACCGGCCAGACCAUGGAGCUCGCCCUCAACUUCCAGGGCCCCUUCAUCCCCCUUGCUGGCCCCCAGAGCUACAGAAGCCUGGAGGAGCUGGUCACGGCGACCACUCGGAACUCCAAGAAGCUGCCUGUGUAUUUCAUGUCAAGCUGCAGCAUCAAGGUGGAGGCCAGGACGGUGCCUGCGGGCCAGGUGCUCAUGCUGGAGGCGGUGGACAAAAGCUCCACAGGUGGCUACGCACGCUGUGUGCAGGUUAUGGGGACGCAACAGGUGGUGCUGUACCUGCCCCUGUCCCAGACGGGGCCUUUCUGGCAGUGCAUGUCCGGGACCCCGCAGACCUUGCUGCAAGCCCUGCACGACUCAGUGUCCAGAGACCGUCUCUUCAGCUGCCCCCGUCUCCCCUGGAACUCGCUGGUCCUGCUGCCCCAGUUCGAGUUGCAAGCGAUCAUGCAGAUGCGCAGGACUGUGGUCAAGAUCCCCUCCACCCUGGAGAUCGACGUGGAAGAUGUCACAAGUUCCUCCCAGCAUGUCCACUUCAUCAAACCUCUAUUGCUGAGCGAGGUCCUGGCCCAGGGAGGCCCCUUCCCCCAGCUCGUGGAGAUCCUGGAGGUUCCUCAGGGGCCCCCCAUCUUCCUCAGUCCCUGGCUGACCUCCUUGCAGAUAGGCCAGCGGCUCUGCAUCUAUGGACCGGCCUCACCUCCAUGGCGGGUCCUGGCAUCCACCAAGGGCCGGAAGCUGCCCCGACACUUCCUGCUGUCCGGGGCCUACCGGGGCAAGCUGCGGCGGCGGCCCCGGGAGUUCCCCACCGCCUAUGACAUCCUGGGCGCCAUCCAGCCAGGCCGGCCACUCCGGGUGGUGGCCAUGAAGGACUAUGAGGACGAGAACUUGGAGAACCCCGAGUUCCCGUCCCUGUCUGUGGGCGACAGGCUGGAGGUGUUGGAGUCUGGUGAGGCCUGUGGGGCUCAGGACAGGGUCAUGGAUGUUUUGGUGUGUCAGCGACGGAGCGACCAGGCAGAGGAGGAAGAGGAGGAAGAGCUGGCUGAGCACGAGCAGGUCCUGCUGCCCCUCUACUUCCCGGGGCCUUUCGUGGAGGAGAUGAAUGACAGCCGGCGCUACAGCCUGGCUGAGCUGACUGCUCAGUUCCCUCUGCCCAGUGAAGUCAAGGUGGUGGCCAAGGAUGCCAGCCACCCUGCUGACCCUCUGCUCUCCUUCCUGGGCCUGCGGCUGGAGGAGAAGAUCAUGGAGCCCUUCCUGGUGGCCAGCCUGGACUCUGAGCCCGGGGUGUGUUUUGAGAUCCCUCCUAGGUGGCUGGACCUGACCGUGGUGGUGGCCGAGGAGCAGCCCGCCCAGGCAGCAGGGUCUGUGCUUGUGGCCACCGUAGAGGAGCUGACCGAAACCUUCUAUUAUCACCUGCGGAAGCUGCCCACUCAACAGAGUCAAGCCCCUCCACCCAGGCCCCCCAAGCGGGACCUGAGCCAGAAGAGCCAGAGCAAGGAGACAGAAGUGAAGUCUCAAGACAUCCAAUCCCAGCCACUUGCUCUGCUGCCGAAACCCAAGAUGGACACCUGGCCCAGGGCCACUGAGGACAGAAUCAAUCUGUAUAGUCAGGUUCCCAGCUCCAAGAGGGGCCUCAAGUCCACUAAACCCAAGAUCCUGGACCGAGACGCAGACGAACACGAUUAUGAAGAGAUCACCGAGCAAUUUCAGAAAACCCUCUAGGCGCCAGGGGAACCAUGCUUCUUACCGG